AAAAAAACUCGAAUUCUUAUGGGUUGCUAUAAAUAUCCGCCAUAACCUCGCCACUCUGAAAUCAAUCAAUCAAUCAGACUCAAAAUCAUCCUAGAAAGCAACUCACCAACAAAGCUCUCAAAAGCUGAAAAACAUCCUUUUGAGUAUAUCAUCUUUCGUUUUAAUCUCCAAUCAGGAAGAAAAAUGUCGCUGAUUCCAACCCUUUUCGGUGACCGAAGAAGGAACAGCAGCCCGUUCGGAAUGGAAAUUUGGGAUCCAUUCAAGGAUUUCCCGUUUGCUUCUUCCACAUCCAACGAAACGUCGGCGUUCGUGAGCACCCGUGUCGACUGGAAGGAAACUCCGCAGGCUCACGUCUUCAAGGCGGAUUUGCCCGGAAUUAAGAAAGAAGAAGUGAAGGUUGAGAUCGAAGACGGGAACGUCCUUCAGAUAAGCGGGGAGAGGAGCGUCGAGAAAGAAGAUAAGAACGACACGUGGCACCGGAUGGAGCGCAGCAGUGGGAAAUUCCUGAGGAGGUUCCGGCUGCCGGAGGACGCCAAAGUGGAUCAAGUGAAGGCGGCGAUGGAGAACGGGGUGCUCACAAUUACUGUUCCUAAGGCGGAAGUUAAGAAGCCAGAGAUCAAAGCUAUUGAAAUCUCUGGUUGAACAGCUGUAAUUGGGUCUCCUUGUUGUUUGAAAUCGAGUAUGUGAUUAUGAUAAUGGAUCCAAAGUUUGACAAGAACUCAAAUGGUCUCUGGUUAGAGCAUCAGAAAGAUGAUUAAGGAGCUGCAUAAAUUUAAAUUCAAAGAGUUGUUAUCAUGUUCUUUUUGAUCUGAGAUUGCUUUCUGUCUCGUUUCUGUACUUGCUCUUUCCACUAGAAUUCGGCUUGCAGCUUUUCCUCUGCUCUCUUGAUGAAAAUGCCUACACCCCAUUCAUGAGACAUAUAGU